CCCGGGGGGGGGGGGCCUGAGCUGCCACGGAGAUUCCCCACCCUGUUGCCUACGAGGGGGUCGCGAUGGCAGAGAGGCCGCCUCCAGGCCCCCCGGUGAUCUUCUGUCAGGACUCCCCGAAGCGGGUCCUGGUCUCCGUUAUCAAAACCACCCCGAUUAAACCGUCCCGGGGAGGCGGGGAGGCGGCGCCCGCCCCACCCGUCCCUACCAGCCCCGGCUUCAGUGACUUUAUGGUGUACCCCUGGCGCUGGGGGGAGAACGCGCACAACGUGACCCUCAGCCCCGGUAGCACCGCCGCGCCCUCCUCAGUCCCGCAGCCCCGAGGAGGGGCGGUCAGAGCCUCCAGCGGGGAGGACGAGGAGGCGGGCAGCCCGGAUAGCGGCGGCGUGAAGGAUGGUAUUAGACGUGGCCGACCAAGAGCAGACACAGUACGAGAUCUAAUAAGUGAGGGAGAGCAUUCAUCCAGCCGAAUCCGUUGUAAUAUCUGCAACAGAGUGUUUCCACGAGAAAAAUCUUUGCAGGCACACAAAAGAACUCACACUGGUGAAAGGCCUUAUUUGUGUGACUAUCCAGAUUGUGGGAAAGCCUUUGUUCAGAGUGGACAGCUGAAAACACACCAGCGUCUCCACACAGGAGAAAAGCCUUUUGUCUGCUCAGAAAAUGGAUGUUUAAGCAGAUUCACACAUGCAAACCGUCAUUGCCCCAAGCAUCCUUAUGCAAGGCUGAAGAGAGAAGAACCUACAGGCAGGCUGAGUAAAAAACAAACAGCUGAUAAUAAAGCAGUUGCUGAGUGCCUAACAAAGUACUGGGAGACCAGAGAGCAACGCACUCCUACUUUGAAAAGCAAAACAACUCAGAAAGCUGACCAGGAACAGCAAGAUCCCAUGGAAUAUCUUCAGUCUGAUGAAGAGGAUGAUGAAGAAAAAAAUAGGUCUCCCUCAGCUGCCCGCCGCCGCCUUCAGGAGCAGCGUGAACGCCUGCAUGGUGCACUGGCUCUUAUUGAGCUUGCAAAUCUGGCUGGAGCACCACUGCGACCGUAGCAUAGGAACUGAAUCAGCCAGUAUACAAAAUGUACUGCCUUGUGGUACUUAACCAGUUAGAUCCUGGGCAUAAGCUAAGCACCUUAUUUGCUUAUCAUAGGCUGCUAUUCUGUAGAAUUUAUGAAGAAUGUUGUUGCUCCACAAGGUGGAGUGAGAGAAUUGCACUUUUUUGUAUGGUAAAAGACAGAUGUAAAGUUUUUAAGUAUUUUGUAAAUAUGGGACUGCACAAUGCAGGGUCAACAAAUUGCAUAUUGUGGAAUGUUAGAUUUUUUGCAAGGUUAAUUCAUUCAUUUGAAGCAGUUCUCACAGGAAGCACUUUCUGAACAUAAUGCUUGUAUGAUUAGGAAAAUUGUACAGGUGACACAAGAAUAAUAUUUAUCUAUUUAAACAAAAUUUACAUGUAGUACAUUUGUUAAUACUAUAAGCAGUGAUGCAACCAAGUCUUUAAUGGCAGUAUAUUUUACCUAGUAUCACUGAGAAGAGGCCAAAGCUUCUAACUCGUGGUGGGGAAGAAACUGGUUAUGUAGAAACUAAGACAGUUCAGGAUCUUCACUGUGACUGCCCAAAGUAUGAGACUGACUUUGCUAUCAUAUUUUAGAGUUGAGAUUUCAAUAGAAUUUCUUGGUCUGAGUAGCACUUGUUAUUCCUAGCAUGUUAUGUUGGGAACUUUUGCACAUUGUUGGGCUUAUUUGAAAAUGAAUGAUUAGUCUUGCAAAGUCUAAACGUAAAGGUAACAAUUGGUAAUAUUUCUCAGAUAUUUUGGACCCUGUAAUGAGAUUUGGCACUUGUUUUGUUAAUAAAGGGGGUAUUUACAGGGUGGUAUUGAUUUGUAGUAAACUAUUUAGACCUCUUAUUAGCUAACACUAAGUUUUAAAAAUACUGCUUUUAUAUGAAUAUUAGCAAAUAGAAGCCUCCAUAUUCUUUAAGUGCAUAAAGCCACCUUAUUGCUUUACUUCAGGAUAAGACAUCCAGUUUUUGUGUUCACUAAGUGUAGUACUGCUAUCAGUUAAACACUGCAGAAGAAUAUUUGCUGUUCAACUAUAAAAUAGGCUUCCAGAGAUAGUUGCAAGUGUGGGUUUUUUUUUUUUAAAUUGUGUGGUUUCAUAUAUCUUUCCCAAAUAAAUGAAGUUACAGAACACCGCUUCGUGAUCUCAAGCACAAAUUGAAAAGUAAGUUUAGCAGUACAUCCUUAUCACCUCAUGUUUUAUAUUAAUUUUAUCUGACUUGCCAUAUAACAGGCUUGUCUAAUGGUCUUAUUUUGCCUUUCUUUUGAUCAAUAUAUAACAUGCUAGCAGAUUAUUACAAAAAAAAAUUAGUGAAUUUGGCAUGCUCCUGAAUUUCUUUUUUAAAGUUGGGCUGCUGGUUUAGUGAAGAUUGGGAAAAAAAAUUCCAAUUAUUUUCCAAAUAGACUCCUUUCUCUUAUCACAACAAAACCAGAAAAUAUAGAUGUGAAUGAGAGCCAUUUUUCGAUUAGUGUGAGUGGGAGGGAAAAGGUAGUUAAAUGACUUGUAAGUCAUUUUAAAACUGAUUUUGAUGAGGACAGAAGUUUUGGAAAUCUAACAUCACAGCAGAGAAUAUAGCUCUUGAAUUCAUUUAGUCAUCUUUUAAUAACUGAUGCCUAUAAUGGCAUGAAUUUUAUUAACCUGGUACAUAUUAGAAUUGUGUUGGAGCACUUAGCUAAAACAUGGUCAGAUAUUUUAAGAGUUUGUGAUUAAGAACUGCAUUGGUAAGUCGAAUAAUUUUAUAUACUCAUUUCCUUGUUAAU